AACUCACCUUUCUGCCUUAAGCCCCCCACCACGGCAAUCGUCUCUUCGCUUCGCUUCACUCCACUUCCACAGCAAUGGCCAUGCCAUUCCCAUGAAUCCCUCUCCGCCAUCCGCGCUCUCAGCCCCGCGCUCUCUCUCCGCUCCUCCCAUGGCGUUCAGCUCCACCCUCCGCUACUCCUCCUCCCUCCUCCUCCGCGCUCACCUCCCCGUGCCGGCCAACCCCAAGCGCUUCGCCCGCGCCUGGACCGACCUCUCGUGCCUCCGCUUCUACUCGGCUUCUUCCUCGAGGGGCCCUCGGCCCGCGAGGGCGAGGCGCAGGGACGGGUCUCCGAAGCAGGACGGUCCAGCGGAAGGGCUGGAUGGGAACGGGGGCCUGAUUGUCAAGGAUAGGGAGGUGGACGGAAAUGGUAGGAUCGUCCCCACGGAGCUCCACAAGGAGGCCACCGAUGCGUACAUGGCGUAUGCAAUGUCGGUGCUGCUUGGCCGGGCUUUGCCGGACGUGCGGGAUGGGUUGAAGCCUGUGCAUCGCAGGAUAUUGUUUGCAAUGCAUGAACUUGGUCUUUCAUCUCGUAAACCAUUCAAAAAAUGUGCUCGAGUUGUUGGAGAGGUUUUGGGUAAAUUUCAUCCCCAUGGAGAUACUGCUGUUUACGAUUCUUUAGUUCGAAUGGCUCAGGAUUUCUCCUUGCGCUGCCCGCUUAUACAAGGGCAUGGAAAUUUUGGUUCAAUUGAUGCUGAUCCUGCAGCUGCCAUGCGUUACACGGAAUGCAGACUGGAGGGAUUGACGGAGGCCAUGUUGUUGGCAGACAUCGAUCAAGACACAGUUGAUUUUGUUCCAAACUUCGAUAAUUCACAAAAGGAGCCGUCACUGCUACCUGCUCGGCUUCCAACUUUAUUGUUGAAUGGUUCCUCUGGGAUUGCGGUUGGCAUGGCGACUAACAUUCCUCCUCAUAAUCUUGGGGAGUUGGUAGAUGCGCUUUGUGCUUUGAUUCAUAACCCAGAAGCCACGCUGCAAGAAUUGUUGGAAUACAUGCCUGGUCCGGACUUUCCAACCGGAGGAUUGAUCAUGGGAAAUAUCGGCAUCUUAGAGGCAUAUCGAACUGGGAGAGGGCGGGUUGUUGUCCGAGGGAAAACUGAUGUGGAGUUGCUCGACUCAAAAACCAAAAGAACAGCGGUAAUCAUAAAAGAGAUUCCUUACCAAACGAACAAAGCAUCACUUGUGCAAAAGAUUGCUGAACUUGUGGAAAACAAGAAUUUGGAUGGAAUUAGUGAUAUUCGUGAUGAAAGCGACCGGUCUGGAAUGCGCAUUGUGAUUGAGCUAAAGCGUGGAUCAGACCCUCUGAUUGUCCUAAAUAAUCUAUAUCGCCUGACAGCUCUUCAAUCUAGCUUUAGUUGCAACAUGGUGGGUAUUUUAAAUGGACAACCGAAACAGAUGGGUUUGAAGGAAUUGCUUCAGGCAUUCUUAGAAUUCAGAUGCUCUGUUGUUGAGAGACGAGCGAGGUUCAAGCUUUCUCAUGCACAAGAAAGAAGGCAUAUUGUUGAGGGCAUUGUGAUUGGACUCGAUAAUCUGGAUGGUGUGAUUCGCAUAAUAAAGGAGGCCUCAAGCAAUGCAAAUGCAUCAGCUGGUCUUAGGAGUGAGUAUAAUUUGUCUGAAAAACAAGCUGAAGCUAUACUUGACAUAAGUUUAAGACGACUCACUCUUCUGGAGAGAAAGAAAUUUGUUGAUGAAAGCAAAUCAUUGAUGGAACAAAUUCUUAAAUUAGAGGAACUCUUGUCAAGCCGAAAAAACAUAUUACAGUUGAUAGAACAAGAAGCAGUUGAACUUAAGAAUAAGUUUACUACUCCAAGGCGUUCACUAUUAGAGGAGACUGAAAGCGGUCAAGUUGAAGAUAUCGAUGUCAUUCCAAACGAAGAAAUGCUGCUGGCCUUGAGUGAAAAAGGUUACAUGAAACGGAUGAAACCAAACACCUUCAAUCUUCAGCACCGGGGGACCAUUGGCAAAUCUGUUGGAAAAUUAAGAGUCAAUGAUGCCAUGUCUGACUUCAUUGUUUGUCAUGCACAUGAUCAUGUUCUUUACUUCAGUGAUAAGGGAAUAGUUUACUCAGCACGGGCAUACAAAAUUCCUGAAUGCUCAAGGGCGGCUGCUGGUACACCAUUGGUCCAGAUCUUAUCAUUAUCUGAUGGUGAGAGAAUAACUUCAAUUGUUCCUGUGAAAGAGUUCGCUGAAGAUCAGUUUCUACUCAUGCUUUCUGCAAACGGCUACAUCAAAAAAGUAUCACUGAAUUCUUUCUCAUCCAUAAGGUCAACAGGAAUUAUUGCGAUUCAGUUGGUUCCUGGUGAUGAGCUGAAAUGGGUUCGCCUUUGCUCAAAUGAUGAUCUCGUUGCUAUGGCUUCCCAAAAUGGAAUAGUCAUCCUUAGCUCCUGCGACAUUAUUCGAACACAGGGAAGGAAUACAAGGGGUGCUGUUGCUAUGAGACUUAAAGGAGAAGAUAAGAUGGCAAGUGUGGACAUUAUACCAUCGUCCAUGCGGGGGAAUUGGGAAGAAGUAUCAAAUGUUUCCCACAGCAAGUAUUGUGCUAAAGCCCCCAGUGGUCCGUGGCUGCUGUUUGUAUCUGAGGGUGGCUAUGGAAAGCGGGUCCCAUUAGGUAGCUUUCGCACAUCGCGUCUCAACAGAGUGGGUCUAAUUGGAUAUAAGUUUUCCUCAGAAGACCGCCUGGCUGCUGUUUUUGUAGUCGGUUUUUCAUUGGCUGAAGAUGGUGAAAGUGACGAACAAGUCGUUCUAGUAAGCCAAAGUGGUACUGUAAAUAGAAUUAAGGUUCGGGAUAUCUCCAUACAAUCUCGCUAUGCAAGGGGUGUGAUAUUGAUGCGACUGGAACAUGCUGGAAAGAUUCAGUCAGCCUCGUUAAUUUCAGCGACGGAUCCUGAGCUCGAGGCAGAAGUGCUGGAAGCAGUUCAGGGAUGAUUGAUGAAAAUUCAACAUGAAAUGCCGGAACAGAAGAUAUUUGAAGAAACAAUGUGUCUAACUACAUUUGUCUGGGGAAGAGAAAAUUUUGGUGGGACUAAGGAGGAUGUGCGAGCAGUUGUUUCGCUCUGCACGACAUGCUCAAACACCUGACAUCUAGACAACCAAGUAGCCCCGGUUGAAUCGAUUGGAGGAGCGUGUAGUGUGUGCAAUUUGUGGUCUUCCCUCGUAACGAUUUUGUAUAAGGGGAAUUUUACGAUUGUAAUUUUCCCUUAUUGGGCUGUGUAGGUGAUGCAUCCUUCGUUAGAUUCAGUCUUGUAAAUUCUCUAGUAAGGAGAAGCUUGAAUUAUCUUAAGGUAAACGAAUCCUUCCAAAUGCAAUAGUGUGUUCUGAUUGA